AUGUAUAACUGGGAUAAGUCCUUUAGAGAAGGCAAAUCACAUAACCCUUCAUUUUCUUCAACUCUUCUUGACGAAAUCUACCGUUCCAUCGAUGGAGGUGAUGAGAAAUUUGGUGAAUUCAAGCUACGUAGACAGAAACCAAGUGGCGGCGGUGGGAGAUCCAAGAGUAGUAGCAGUGCCGUGGAAGAUGAAGAAAUAGCAAGUUUCCGGCGAGCUGUUUUGGUUGACAAAUGGAUGGAAACGAAAGUGAACGGCAAAGUCUCCUCAGGUCGCAGAGGUCCGCCGACGUCGUCAUUGCCAGAAUUUGAUCGGAAACUGGCACUUGAUAAUGAUCCAUUGUUCUUCAGUUCGGGUUCCAGUUCGUCUGAUUCUAGCUUCGGAUGGUAUUCCGAAGCCGAAGCAGCAGCAAAGCCGAAGCCUUCUUGUUUCGGCCCAUUCAACAGGCCGAAACAUGUAAAGACGAGGGGUACACCGCAUUCUGGUACGAAAAAGCAGAGCGAGUUUUAUUUGUUUGAUGAUGAUCAAACAAAUAAAACAGACCAUGCUGGUCUAAUCCGGUCAAAGACCCGAGCUUUGAAGAUCUACACAAGCUUGAAGAAAGUAAAGCAGCCGAUCUCACCGGGAGGUCGGCUGACGACUUUUCUUAAUGCCCUCUUCACAAAUGGGCAUGCCAAGAAAUCGAAAGAUUCGGGUCUCGAAGACCAAACACAGACUCGGACCGAAAGAAAAUCAAAAUCCACAAAUGUAUCUACAUGUUCAUCGGCUUCUUCAUUUUCAAGAUCAUGUUUAAGCAAAAAUUCCCCACGAUCAAGAGAACAACUCAACAACGGAAUGCGAAGAACUGUUCGGUUUUAUCCGGUGAGUGUAAUCGUCGACCAAGAUUCUCGUCCCUGCGGUGAAAAAACAAUCUGUGAUAAACUCCCUCCGACAUUCCAGUGUUCGAGAAUCGAACAACCAAAAUUCAGCGAAUUUCCAGCAAAGUAUGACGAUGAGAAGCAUGAUUUCAACGAUGAAUACAAUGACGAUGAAGACGAUGAUAUGGCAAGUGACUCGAGCUCAGAUUUAUUUGAGCUCGACCACUUGACCAUUUUCAAGAAAGAAGAAUAUUUUGAGGAGCUUCCUGUUUACGAAACUACUCAUUUGGGCACUAAUCGUGCCAUAGCUAGUGGCUUAAUUUGCUAG